AAGCCAUAAACACUGGCUUGUCAGUUCAGAAAACAAAGCUUGCAGAAAUUUAGAUUAAUUCUGUGUUCCUGUCACAUUCAGGCUGUAUUAUGCAACGGGUUUAAGCCCCAUUAGGAUUACUGUAGACUCAACCCAGCCGUGACAGCUAAAACGUAAAAAGUAGUAUUACAUAUCAGUAGAUGGAUAAAUGUGUGGCAUUAGUUUGUAAAUGUAAUCAGUUUUUUUGUAAAUGUAGGACGAAUGCACUGUUAAACGAUUCUUGUGGAUGAGGGACGCGGCGGCUGUUUUGAAUCACGAGCGCCGAGUGACAGCGGAGCGUCUAUCAGACAUACACAGAUACCAAAAUAGGAGCUCGGCAUUCUCCAGUGACUGAGGCUAAAUACAGGACACACAUGUCUCUGUCCGAGGAGAAGUCAUACUGUGCUGGGGAUCAAACUUCAACACAACGCUGAAAGAGUACUAGCGACAAUCAUUAGACAGUUGCAAUGUCAGGGAAAGGUCAAAGCAGUUACUCAUACGAUUUCUGCGAUGAGACUCAUUCAUCUGAAGUGCUAGAAGUUCUCCACGAGUUUCACAUCAGCGGUUUGUUCACAGACAUCACCCUUCAAUCUUCAUCAGGGCAGAUCUUCCACUGUCACAAGGUUGUGCUAUCAGCACGCAGCUCCUACUUCAAGUUAAUGUUCACAUUAGACAUGAGGGAGCGAACGAAUGACAUCAUCAACCUGCCUUGUAUAGAUGGAGCUACUCUAGGUUCUUUGAUAAACUACGUUUACACCUCAAAAGUCAGAAUAACCCAAAGCAAUGUUCAGAGUCUCCUGGAGGCCGCAGACCUUCUUCAGUUCAGCUCUGUCAAAAAAGCCUGCGAGAACUUUCUGAUUCGCCUGUUGGACAUCGAUAACUGCCUCGGGAUGCACUCUUUCUCUGAGCUUCACGUGUGCACCGCCCUACAGCGUGAGGCUCGGAGGGUCAUGUUCGGACGUUUCUUGGAGCUCACGAAUCAGGAGGAGUUUUAUGAAGUUAAACUUCCAACACUCAAGAUGAUAUUAACCACCGAGAACCUCAAUGUCUGGAAAGAAGAGGCGUUAUUGGAGGCAGUGGUGAAGUGGGUCGCUCAUGACACGGUGACUCGAAUAGACCACCUUCAGGAGCUUCUCAGCUGCAUUAAGUUCGAGGUGGAUGAUGUCUACCUCAGAUCUGCUUUGGAUGUGCUCAAACAUUGCUCUGAAAACCAACUGCGAUCUCUGAUCGUCAGUUCUUUAAAGCCAAGCAAAGAUUUCUCCCACUGCUGCAAGACGCUUACAAGCAACUUGUUCAUUAUAGGUGGAUAUUACUGGCAUCCAUUGUGUGAAGUACACAUAUGGGACCCUGUUUCCAACACGUGGACUGAAAGAAAAAACAUGCCUGAUUUUGCAAGGGAGAGUUAUAGUGUUGUACUUUUGGGUCCUAAUGUCUAUGUGACUGGGGGCUACAGGACAGAAACCGUGGAUGCGUUAGAUGCUGUAUGGAUUUAUGACACAGACACAGAUGAAUGGACAGAAGGAUGUCCAAUGCUCACAGCCAGGUAUUAUCACUGCUCUGUGGCUUUACGGGGAUGCAUAUAUGCCAUAGGUGGAUACACAGCAGGUGCUCCGACACGAGGAACAGAAUAUUAUGACCCUUUGAAAAAGAAUUGGUUCCCUGUGGCAGAUAUGAUACAAGGUGUUGGAAAUGCAAGUGCUUGCGUAGUAAAUGAGAGAAUCUAUGUAACCGGAGGGCAUCAUGGGUACAGAGGAAGCUGCACUUAUGAAAAGAUUCAGAUGUACAGGGCAGAUAUCAAUGAAUGGAGCAUUAUAACAACAUGUCCACAUCCUGAGUAUGGCCUGUGCUCUGUAUCAUUAAACAAUAAACUGUAUCUGGUCGGCGGUCAGACCACCAUCACAGACUGUUACGACCCCGAUCAGAAUGAAUGGAGGCAGAUGGCAGAGACGAAGGAGAUAAGGAUGGAGUGUGGAGCUGCAGUUAUACACGGAUGCAUCUACAUAGCAGGUGGAUAUUCAUACUCGAAGGGUUCGUACCUGCAGAGUAUAGAGAGGUAUGUCCCUGAGACGGACUGUUGGGAGAUAGUGGGAAACCUUCCAUCGGCUUCCCGCUCACACGGCUGCGUUUGUGUAUUUAGUGUGUGAAAUCAUUACUGAUGUUAUAAUCACUAAAUGUGUGGCUUCACGUCAUUCUGGUGACUGAUGAUGUCAAUGUAAUAACACAAGUCACUGUGUCAGAAAUGCUUUGGCCUGUUUUCUGCAAAUGAAAGGAUAUUUCAAAAUAUGUACUCAAUAGCACAACAGAUAAGAGCACUUCUGUUAACCACAUACAGUAGUUUUCAACACAAAAAGUCAAGGUCACACGCAGAAGGAAACGACAAGGAUAACUGCCAACAGUAAAAUUAUAUGAACCGUAUAAUUUUGCAUUGGUACGAAUUUUGCAUUGGUAAUGAUGAUGUCACAGGUGGUGCAUCCAAUAUGUGGAAAUCGUGGAGGGAGAUCAAGACCCACUCCAACUGAGGGUUAUCCCCACUAAAAAUAUAAUUAAAAAGCAUGCUGUGUGUUGUUAAUAAUAUGAUAAAUACCACAGAUGAUGCUGACUAGUUAUGACAAAAAAAAAACAAUGUAUUUUUCCUUGAAAAAAAAUAUGUUUAUUGUCCCCCCCAACUGUUAGAAGAAAUUUACACACAUAAUCAAAACUAUUAUAACACAAGUCAAUCAGACUUCAUUAAAUAUGUGGGAAACACUUUACAAUAGGGAUGCUUAACGAUUAAUCGCGAUUAAUCGUUAGCAGAAUAAAAGUUUUUGUUUACAUCAUAUAUGUCUGUUAACUGUGUAUAAUAACUUUGUAUAAAUAAAUGUACACACAUGUAUGUAUAUGUUUUAGAAAUGUUUACAUGUGUAUAUACAUUUGUAUAUUUAUGUAAAAUUUAUAUAAUAUAUAUAAAUACUUAAUAUAUACUUUUUUUUCUUAAAAUUAUACAUGAAUGUGUUCAUAUUUAUAUAUAUAUUCAUAUUUAUUAUACACAGUUUACACACAUAUGUGAUGUAAACAAAAACCUUUAUUCUGCUAACGAUUAAUCACGAUUAAUUGUUUAGCAUCCCUACUUUACAAUAAGGUUGUAUUUGUUAAAAAUUAGUUAAUUCAUUAAGUAACGUGAACUAACAAUGAACAAUACCUCUUAAGCAUUUAUUAAUUUUAAUAUCUGCAUGUACUAAUACAUUUAUAAAAUCAUUAAUUAAAGGAAAACACCACAGUUUUUCAAUAUUUUACUGUUCUUACCUCAACUUGGACAAAUGAAUGUGCAUUCAUUCCUUAGGAUCCAAACAGGGAUGAAUUUAGAAACCACCAAACACUUCCAUGUUUUCCCUAUCUAAAGACUGUUACAUGAGUAGUUACACGAGUAAGUAUUGUGGCACAAAAAUAUUUUUUAAGCGGAUAAAAAUGAGAACUAUAUUGUAUGGCGGAAGAGCACUUAGUUUGCAGCGCUUCGACCUCUGCGUGCAGUAACAUUAUCACUCCUGACUCCUCCCCCUGUCGCUCAAACUUCUGUCAA